AUGGCUACCACUUUCCACCAUCAUUCUGCAACUUCAUCCCAUUUCCGGUAUGUUAAACUAGGCUACCACUACUUUAUGAAGCAUCUUUUCUCAAUUAGUCUCCUCCCUCUUGUCGCCUUCAUCGUGGUCAAAGCUUCCCAUUUAACCCUUGAAGAUAUCAAAAACCUCUACAUGUUGCUCGACUACAACCUUGUCGCGGUUAUGGCAUUAUCCAACGUUGUCGUCCUUGGACUCUUCAUUUACCUUAUGACCAAACCCAAACCCGUAUACCUCGUUGACUUCUCGUGCUAUCAACCCCCAAACCACCUUAAAAUCAACAACGAUGAUUUUAUAAAAGGUGCCAAAAUAUAUGGCGGUUUUGAUGAUUCGUCUCUCGAGUUUAUAAAGAAGAUACUACAACGAUCAGGUCUUGGAGACGAGACUUAUUUACCGGAGGUUAUGCAUCGAAUGCCACCAGAACCAUCCAUGACUAACGCAAGAGAAGAAGCGGAGCUAGAGAUGUUUGGAGCCCUUGACAAUCUUUUCAAAACCACCGAUGUUAAUCCUAAAGAAAUCGGAAUCUUGGUGGUGAAUUGUAGUGUUUUUCACCCAAUUCCAUCCUUGUCCUCCAUGAUAGUUAACAAGUACAAACUACGAUUAAACGUUAAAACAUUUAAUAUUGGUGGUAUGGGUUGCAGUGCAGGUGUGAUCGCUCUUGAUCUAGCUAAAGACGUGCUUCAAGCACACCGUAACACUUACGCAAUUAUCGUUAGCAUGGAAAACAUUGUUGAAGAAUGGUAUGCAGGGAACAAAAAAUCGAUGUUGAUCCCAAACUGUUUAUUUAGAAUCGGUUGUUCAGCUGUAUUGUUAUCAAAUAAGUACACUGACAAAUUCUAUGCAAAAUACAAGCUUCUUCAUGUCGUCCGAACCCACAUGGGUUCAGAAGACAACGCAUUUAAAUGCGUACGCCAAGAAAAGGAUGAAAAUGGCAUUGUAGGAGUUUCACUAUCAAGAGACUUGAUGAAAGUCGCGGGUAAUGCACUAAAAGCGAACAUCACAACAUUAGGCCCUCUUGUGCUUCCAAUAAGCGAGCAACUUUUAUUCUUUAUAGCCCUAGUUGGAAGAAAGUUAAUGAACUCGAAUAUCAAACCAUACAUACCGGAUUUCAAGAUGGCAUUUGAUCACUUUUGUAUUCAUGCUGGGGGGAAGGCGGUGAUAGACGAGCUAGAGAAGAACUUGAAGUUGUCAGAGGCACAUGUUGAGCCGUCCAGGAUGACCUUAUAUCGGUUUGGGAACCAGUCAUCAAGCUCGAUUUGGUAUGAGCUGGCUUACAUGGAAGCUAAAGGGCGAAUGAAGAAAGGGCAUCGCCUUUGGCAAAUAGCUUUUGGGAGCGGCUUUAAGUGUAACAGCGCGGUAUGGGAAGCUAUUCGAACAGUGAAGUCGUCCGCUGGUAACCCUUGGGCAGAUUGUAUUCAUAAAUUUCCCGUGCAAACUUAAACUAGAUAUGAUUUACUAUAUUAUCUAAAUUAACUCCUACUCUGUGGUCCUACAAUAAA